UCUCUCUCUAGACACAGUUAUAAGGCCAAACAGAGAGGAAGAGAGAGAGAGAGAGAGGUGAAUCACUACCAGCCCAUGGAGGUAAGCAGAGUCUCUGGCAUGUUCUCUUUAUGCUCGUCGAUCAAAAGCAAGUGUUCACUCUCUUCCUUUUCGCCUCUUCUUCGAACCAAUUCACGGAUUCCCGUUCCCUCAAAGAGAGGAUUUCUCGGCUAUUCCAUGUCUAGUAGAAAACGAGAUCUAUGCAUCGCUUCUUCUGGUUCUAGUUCUAAUACAUAUGGAUUUGAGGGUUCUUAUCAUCAGGGUGCUGCUGAAUCUUUCUUCAGGACAGCGCUAGAAAGCAUGGAGAAGGUCUAUUUAAGUAGGAAUCCCACUGCAAGUUCCAUACUGGAGCUUGUUCGUUCGUUUGAUGGUGAAAUUUUCUAUGACCAUCUUGCAUUCAGGACAUUUGGGGCUGAUGGUUAUGGAAUUGACUCCAUGGCAAGGUUUUUCCUUGACUUUGGUUAUACGCCUCAGGAUGAAUUGAGAUUUCCUGCAAAAAAAUUGAAAGCGUUGUGGUUUGCUCCUCCCAGUAGUCCAUCUUCUGAAAAUGGGAGUGGUGUUAAUGGGCCUUUGCCCAGAAUAUUCAUAUCAGAACUUCUUGUCAAUGAGAUGAGUCCUGAAGCUCAGGAAAUAAUUAGAAAAUACACUAAAAUAUCUGGCAGUGGGAAUAAAUACGCCGCACUUGCAAGUGCACUGGGAUCUUUAACAUGGGAAAGGCCCCUGCAUUCUGAAUUCCAGCAACUAGCUAGGGAGAGUGAAUAUGCUGCAUGGACUCUUGUCAAUGGAUAUGCAGUGAACCAUGUAACUAUUUCCACUCAUCGGCUGAAGUCCCACUUGGGAAACAUUAAUAGUUUCAAUCAAUUUAUUGAAGAAAAUGGAUAUAAAUUGAAUUCUGAAGGUGGAACUUUAAAAGUGAGUCCUGAUGGUCUUCUGCUGCAGAGUUCAACUGUAGCAGAUUCAAUGCCCUUUCAUUUUUCUGAUGGAGUAGUUGAAUCUGUUCCUUGUUCAUACAUCGAGUUUGCGGAGCGUCUGGUGUUGCCUCAGUAUAAAAACUUACCUGAAAAAGAGAUCAAGGAAUACCACAGGCGCGAUGGUUUUGAGGUUGGAAAUGCUGACAAGAUAUUUGAGAGCACAUCAAGGGAUCAAUUAACAAGAAAAGCUGUAUAACAAUCAGUAAACAACUUGUCGUUAUAGUUUCUUACUUAUCUGCACAAUAAAGUAAGUUUAACGUGCAUGAAAUGGAAUGGCCAACUGGGUGCUUUUUGUCUUACAAUCUGGAAUGAGCUGACAUGAAAUAACUAAGAUGUGUAUAAACAUAUUAUCUUACUGUAAUAAGGUUCAUUGCAAACGUUUGUGUUA